AUGAGUCAAUCAGAGACCCAUGUUGACUCGUCUAAUGUGGCUAAUAUUUGUAAGAGAGUGUGUCAAUGCUGGCAUUGGGCUACUAAUGAAGACUGUUGUGAUAAAGGUACUCGUAUAAUGGUUGGGUGGGAUCCUAGUCUGGUGGAUGUGAUGAUCUUGGCUCAUUCGGAUCAGGUUAUUCAUUCCCAGAUUGUUUUCAAAUUGGAUCAAAAAUCGUUAUUUUGUUCUUUUGUCUAUGCUCAUAACUAUUAUAAGGAUUGGAGGGAGCUGUGGCGGAAUUUAUGUGCUCAUCAUUCGGUUAUGCAGGACAAGCCGUGGAUAAUCAUGGGAGAUUUCAAUGAAUCGCUGUUUCUGGAUGAUACUCUAGCUGGGUCGUCUACCCAAGGGGUAGGGACAAGGGAAUUUAAGGAGUGUGUUCAUGAUAUCGAAGUGUUUGAUAUUAACAGAUCGGGAUUGCAAUUUACCUGGACGAAUAAUCAGAGGAGUCGUGUUAUGAAGAAGCUCGAUCGUAUCCUGGGUAAUGCCAGCUUGAUCGAUGCUUUUCCAGCUGCUUCUGCUCAUUUUCUUCCGUAUCGGGUGUCGAAUCAUAGCCCGUGUAUUCUCAAGCUUCCUAAUGUGGUGAGAGACAAGCCAAAACCUUUUAAGUUUGUAAAUCUGGUUGCGGAUAAAACGGGUUUUCAUGAUGAAGUAGAGAAAGUUCGGAGUAGUCAUAUCCCCGGGUACUGUAUGUUCCAAGUGGUCAAGAAACUUAGGUUGCUUAAAACUCCACUACGCAAACUUUUUUUCCAGCAAGGAAAUCUUCAUGAGAAAGUUAAGGUGACUAGGAAAGCUCUGGAUGAUUGUCAAACGGCUUUGGAUGGCGACCAGUUAAAUACUGACCUAAAAGAGCAACAUGACCUUUUAUUGCAAGCAUACAAAGGGGCGGUUAAAGAUGAAAGUUUAUUUCUUAAAAAAAAGUCGAAGGUGGAGUGGCUUUCGUUAGGAGACUCGAACUCGAAGUACUUCCAUAAUGUUAUCAAAGCUAAGAACCAUCGUAGUAGAAUUUUUUUCUAUUAG